AACCCGGAAGAGAACGAAGAGGUGAAAGAUCAACUAUUGAAGCGACGGCAUGGCGGCCGGCUCUGAGGAGGGAAAACCUAUUCAGGGGAGACCUGAUGCUGGCGCUACGAGCGAGGUUGUUUAUGGCGAGAAGGCUCAUGGAAACCCCGCGGAACCCAGCCAGGCUGCCUUCCCGCCGACUUUUAGCGUCUCCGAAAUUAAGAACAAGCAGCGGCGCCACUUCAUGUUCCUGCGCUGGAAGCAACAGCAGAAGAAGGAAAAAUUAGCCCUUAAGAAAAAGAAGAAGAAGGAGCGGGAAGCCCUUGGAGAUAAGGCACCACCAAAACCAGAACCAAAAACCAUUGAAAACCAGCGUGUAUAUGAUGAAACCACGGUUGAUCCAAAUGAUGAAGAGGUUACUUUAGAUGAUGCUAUAGAUGAAUUUGCUCCUUACUUCAACAGGCAAACUGUUCCAAAAAUUCUUAUCACUACAUCUGACAGACCUCGUGGGAGAACUGUGAGAUUCUGUGAACAGCUAGCCACAUGUAUUCCAAAUUCACAUGUUUAUUAUAGAAGAGGACUGGCUUUAAAAAAAAUUAUUCCACAGUGUAUUUCAAGGGAUUUUACAGAUUUGAUUGUUAUUAAUGAAGAUCGUAAAAUACCAAAUGGGCUUGUAUUAAGUCAUUUGCCUGAAGGUCCAACUGCUCACUUUAAGAUGAGCAGUGUUCGUUUACGAAAAGAAAUAAAGCGAAAAGGGAAAAAUCCCACAGAACAUCAGCCUGAAGUAAUCCUGAAUAACUUUACAACACGUUUGGGCCAUUCCAUUGGUCGCAUGUUGGCUUCUCUCUUUCCUCAUGAUCCUCACUUUGUUGGCAGACAAGUAGCUACAUUUCACAAUCAGCGUGAUUAUAUAUUUUUCAGAUUUCAUAGAUACAUCUUCAAAAAUGAGAAAAAAGUGGCCAUUCAAGAACUAGGCCCACGUUUUACCCUAAAAUUAAGGUCUCUUCAAAAAGGAACUUUUGACUCCAAGUUUGGGGAGUAUGAAUGGAUUCACAAGCGCCGUGAAAUGGACACAAGCCGAAGAAAAUUUCAUUUAUAAGAAUGAACACAGUAAUACCAUUUUUGUAUUUUUCUCACCAACAAAAGCUUAUGGAGUACCCUUGAAGAUAUUCAGGUUACACAUGGAACAUACACACACACACACACAGACCUUGCGAACAUGGCCAUGACCCUAUUCUCUUCAGGGCUGAAAAUUCAGUUACUUUUUAUAAAUAAUAGAAGACUUCAAGAAAGAGGAAAGAGACUGCAUCAGUCACUAUCUCCUUUUGUUAAGAAGUCAUGGACCCUUCUCAAAAAUAAUGCUUUGUAAUUUAAUUCUUUCAUAUCUUAUUCUGAAUUAAAAUAUCUAGUUCUGGAUCUUAAAAUCAGGUUUUGUGUUGAAUAUAUUAUUUGCCACAAAUAAACAUUUUACAUGUCAAAUACUAUUACCGGCUAUUGUUGAAUGUUCAAGCAGUUCAUUAACGCAGAAAAAUAACAGUACAAUUCAGAUAUAGUGGCUAUACAGAUUUUGUUUAUUUGAUCUUCCGUAAGCUUAAUUUUUUUAAAAAUUGCAUAAGGAACUGAAAUAUUCUUCAAGUACCUAUACAAGGAAUAAAUGGGAAAUGAAUCUUCUUUUUUUAAAGGGAGAAGAAAUUAGGGAACACCCCAUUUUCUGUGUCCAUCUUAAUGAAACUUGAGAUAAUGGAAAUUCUGUCUAUAAUCACAGGAAGCGAAAGAAAAACAAAGUUCUUUUUAAUCUGACCAAUAUUACUCAGUUCAUAUGCAAUUGUAAUCUACAGAUUAACCUUAAAUGCUUUAAUAUUUGUUUACAUACAUGUAGGUACUACAAAGCAGUUCCCAGUUUGGACACAAUGGUAAACUGUACUUUCCAUUUUUCACUAAUUGUCCCCAGAUAUACAAAGAAAAAAAAUGAUUUUAGAUAUAAAACUUCAGUUCCUCAUCAACAAAUCCUUGUCAAAGAAAUAUCUGAAAAAUACGGCUUGAACAUCUCAAAAACCAAGAUCAUGGUCAUUGGCAAACAACCCAUUAAUUUACCACCAAUAAUUUUGGAAGGAAUACACUAGAAAAAGUUGAAUCAUGUACUUGAGUUCUAAUUUACAUGAAAGCUGGAACAUGACCACUGAAGUAAAAACAAGGGUAAAGCUUGAACAGCAUUCUUAAAAUGAAAAGUCUUCUGCAGUCACAAUAUAAGCCUAAGAUUGAAAAUCAGGCUUGUUAGAUGCUAAUUGUUUCUAUCCUCUAUAGAGUGAAGAGUUGGUCUCUGACAGAAAGCCACUUGAAGAGACUAGAAGCAUUUGAAAUGUUGAUUUACAGGUGGCUAUUACAUAUAAGUUGGCUUGACAAAAUCAGAAAUGAGGUGUUAAGCUGCUUGGGAAAGCCAAGGAAAAUCAUCAAAACUAUAAAACGAAAGAAUAUUUUGGAUAUGUGAUUUAACACCCAGAAAUAUACGGCAUGUGUCACUUAAUCCUCCAAGGAAAGAUUGAAGGCAAACAAGGUCCAGGCAGAAGAUAGUCAUGCCUUCAAAAUCUAAGGGACUGGUUGGAACAAAACAGCAACUUUUUUGUGUAUCUGUUGAUAAAAAUAGGAUCAACAACAUGACAGACAACAUCUGUUGAUGGAUAUGGCAGAAGAAGAAAAAGAAGAUAUAAAACUGAACUUACACCUUAGAAGUCACUCUGUUUAGAUAAGUCAAAAAUUAAAUCAAUGGUCUCUAGGGAAUAAUUGUUUCAAAUGAAUGUGAUACUCAACUAAGCAUCACCUCUGCACUGACCUAAACUGAUAGUCAGCUUGGUUAACUCAGAUCUUGCUUUGACCUGUCAGGCAUGAUAAUUAUGCAAAUAUAAAUAAGAAAAACUAUAUGCAGCCAGUUAUUUAAGAUUAUUCAGUUUGUUCCAAAACUAUUUUAGAAAUCUACACAAUAUUCUUGUUCUAUGUUAUGUAUUUAGUAAUCGAUUUUAAUAUUUUGGUUUCCUUUUUGACUAAUUUAUGCUACUCCAGAUUGAUGUAAAACAGAGAAGAAACAAAAUUGUAUUAGAUUGGUAAAUAAUGUAUAACAAGGCAUUUAUUUAUUUUUAGUUUUAUAGGAUAUUCACAAUUUAGGAUGCUUCUAGAGGCAAAUACAAUUUACUCCAAAUUAGUUAUGACUAUAUAACAACUGAAGUAGAAAGAACAAAAUCUAUACUGAUUGUAAACCGUUAAUUUGUUUAGAUAAAGAUGUUAUUUUGUUUUGAAAAGCAGGAAUAUUUUUACAAAAUGCACUAACUUUUACAGUAUUUUUAGAAUAGUGACGCUUUGGAU